AUGAUAUUAAAAGAAGAAAAUAACGAAGUUGAAGAAAUUGAAUAUACAAUUGAAGAUAGGGAAAAGUAUGGAUAUGAAAUACCAACAGAAGUCAAACGAAUAGGAAAUGGAUGUUUUGAAGGAAGUCAAAUUAAAGAAAUUACUAUUCCUUCAAAUGUAAGAGAUAUUGGAAAUGAUUGUUUUGGUUAUUGUACAAAUUUAACAAAGAUUGAAAUACAUGAAGGAAUUAAAGAAAUUCCAAAAGGAUUUAUGAAAUAUUGUGGACAAAUACAAAGAAUUGAACUUCCACAAAGUAUAACUAAAAUAAACACAGAAAGUUUUAAAGAAUGUAUAAAAUUAAAAGAAAUUAACAUUAAUCCAAAUACAAUAAUAAUUGAAAAAGGAGCAUUUGAAAAAUGUCCAAAUAUUAAUUAUGAAUAA